GCCGUGGGCUUCACGAAUGGCGUCUGCCGGCCUGGCUCGACUGCACGGGCUCUUCGCGACGUACAAGCCCCCUGGGCUGAAAUGGAAGUUCCUGCGAGACACCGUGGAGACGCAGCUUUUGAAAGGUCUCAAUGCUGGGACGCCGCCUGCCCAGGAACAGCGUGUUCGCUUCCUCCUGGGCCCCAUGGAAGGCAGCGAGGAGAAGGAGCUGACCCUCACAGCCAGGAGUGUGCCCAGCCUUAUCAACCAUCCUCUGGACCACGUGACCAGAGAGAAGCUGGACCGAAUCCUGGCAAUGAUCCAAGGCUCCCAUCAGAAGGCCCUGGUGACGUAAGUGGAGCCCUGCGGACACCUCCCCAGAGGGGGCUCUCCAGGCCCGCCCCCCCUGCGGCAUUUUCUUUGUCAUUAUCAUCUCUUGAGUUGAAGGUUCUUUACUGGCCCUCCUCCAAACAAGU